AAUAUUGGGCUCUCCCUGGACCCGGCACUGGAGCCCAUUUUGCAACAGCAGAAGGUGCGGGACGGGUCUGGCUUCACCAUCAAGCUGGGCGAUAAGUCCAUCACCUAUGCCGACACCUUCAAGUUUUUCAUGACCACGACCUUGCCCAACCCGCACUACUCACCGGAGACUUCUGUCAAGGUCACGCUGCUCAACUUCGCCAUCACGCCAACUGGCCUGGAGGACCAGAUGUUGGGAAUCGUGGUCGCGAAGGAGCGCCCUGAUCUCGAGGAGCAGAAAAGCCAACUC